ACUAUUGCUCUUCUGAGCUUGGAUGAGUAAGUGAAGAACAGGAUGGCAAACUCAGCACUGGAGAUUGUGGGUCUUUUAGUAUCCCUAAUCGGGCUGAUCGGGGCAGCAGCAACUACAGGAAUGCCUAUGUGGCGCGUCACAGCCUUCAUUGGAGACAAUAUCAUCGUGUUUGAGACUCUGUUUGAGGGCUUGUGGAUGAACUGCUACCAACAGGCAAGCUUCAGGAUGCAGUGUAAAGUGUACGACUCUCUCCUGGCCCUGACUCCUGACCUGCAGGCAGCAAGGGGGCUUAUGUGCUGCUCUCUGGCACUGAGUGGUCUUGGUGUGCUGAUCAGUCUGAUAGGCAUGCAGUGCACAUCAUGCAUCCAAAACAAUGAUCGAGCUAAGCGGCUGGUUCUCAUCAUUGCUGGUAGCAUGAUCAUAUUGGGUUGCUUCUGUGUCCUCAUCCCCGUCUCCUGGACGGGUCACGUCAUCAUCACUAACUUCUACAACCCCUUGCUGAUCGAUGCCCAGCGGAGAGAGCUUGGAGCAGCUCUCUACAUUGGCUGGGUAACUUCGGCUUUCUUGUUUGCUGGAGGAUGCAUUUUUAUUUGCUGUAAUAUACAGUCGGAUGACAAAGAUUCAGAGCGAUACCUAUACUCCAAGGCCUCAGACUAUUCGGUCUACCCUCAACAGCCACUACAGCCUCUACAGCCU